UGGGUGCAUAAUGUACAGUAGAUGGCACACCAACUCGCCAUUUAACCCAAAGAAGAAGAAAAGAGGCGUUGAUCAUUACUUGACAAAAAGUGUGUUCAGAACAGCAGACCUUCGCACCUCAUAGGCAAUGUUAAAGGCUGUAACCAGGUGCCUGUGGUCAAAUCCUCUUGCUAGCAGAAGAAUGAUGUCCCAUCAGAGUCUAACAGGAAAAGUUGCUAUAGUAACUGCAUCCACAGAAGGGAUUGGACUCGCAGCUGCUGAGGCGUUGGGCCAGAGGGGAGCGCAUGUUGUUGUAAGCAGUCGACGGCAAACCAAUGUUGACAAGGCUCUCGCACUUUUGCGCAGCAAAAAUAUACAAGUAAUCGGGACCACUUGCAAUGUGGGAAAUGCAGAGGAUAGAGAGAAGCUCAUUACCAUGACAGUAGAGCAGUUUGGUGGUGUGGACAUACUGGUGUCUAACGCAGCAGUGAACCCAUUUAUUGGAAACAUUUUAGACUCCACAGAGGAAGUCUGGGACAAAAUACUUGGAGUGAAUGUGAAAGCUGCAUUCCUUCUGACCAAAUUAGUCACACCUCACAUGGUGAAAAGAGGGGGUGGGUCAGUUGUGUUUGUGUCUUCAGUAGCAGGGUACCAGCCUUUUCAAAAUCUAGGCCCCUACAGUGUGAGUAAGACCGCUCUGCUUGGUUUAACCAGAGCGCUUGCUCCUGAUCUUGGCCAGAGUAACAUCCGGGUCAACUGUGUUGCCCCAGGCAUCAUCAAAACCCGUUUCAGCUCUGCUCUGUGGGUGAACGAGAGUUUGGUGGAAGACAUCAUGAAGCAGACGAGCAUUAAAAGACUUGGGCAACCAGAGGAUAUUAGUGGAGUAAUUGCAUUCCUGUGUUCAGACGAAGCCUCAUAUAUCACAGGAGAGACCAUCACCAUUACCGGAGGCUGGAACUGCAGACUGUAAAUGUAUUCUAAGCGCCACAGUAUGGUGGCCUCACACAAAGGAAUUGUGCACUUGCGUAUAAGAUGAUUUCCCUCUAAUAUGAUUAACACAUUUUGUAACAGUUUAUCUGGUAUGAAGAUGCAUCACAAAUUUAAAAUGCUUGUAAUAAAAUGAUUUUUGCA